CCCUCUUCUUCCUCGUUCACUUCAAGUCGCUCGUCGCUUCUCUCGCCGCUUUGCUUUAAACAACAAAAAUUCGGAUAAAAACACAAACAAACAAACCGCCCCCCCCCCCAACUCCCCACACCGAACUCGACGCAAAUUUCUCCUUCAACCCCAUUUUCCGUCGCUUCGUCGGCGAUCUAACGACAACAAUAAAAGACUAGAACGCGCAGCGCGGGAGAAAGUCAUGCCGGCCAUCACUAGCAAGGCGGUGAGCGCCGCCGCGGCCUCGGGCACCGCCACCACCACCACCACCGUCGUGGAGACGGUGUGGUCCGAGCCGCUCCGUCAGGCGCUGCUCGUGCUCGAGAAGAAGGCGAGAAACCUCGAGAAGAGAAAGUCCAAGUUGGAUGACUACAAAGCCAAGCUUAACGAUGGACAUGCUCUCAACCAAGACCAGCAGGAAGCCGUUGCUAAGUAUAUGGAGGUCGUCAGCAGCCUGGAAUUUGCCCGAGACCUACUGAAGACCUUUGCUUCACUCAACCAAGAUGUGCAGAAGGUGCAGAAGAAGGCGGCGCGGCGGGAGCAGCUGCUGCGUGACGAGGCCGAGCAGAAGCGCUUGCGGCUCGUGCUGGAGGUGCAGUACAUCCUCGACAGCCUGGGCGAUGGGGCGGCAGCACGCCUCGACUUCUUGGCCGGCCAGAACGGUGCCGCUCUGCUCUUGAGCCAGGAAAUGGCCUUCCUGGACGACCUCUACAAGCUCGUCAACCCUGAGCGAGUGGAGACCACCAGCUUUGAAACCCAGAUGGAGCAAGCAUCGCAGCACUUAUGGGAUCUGGUGGAAGGGAAGGAUAAACCGGUUGCAGGAACUACUUACAAAAUCUUAAAGGAGGUCAUCGAUCGGGUCCGUGAAUGUGGCUACUUCGAUAACAUCCACACGCCACAGAAUGGGCUUCAGGAGGCACCUUCAGAGGAACAAGACCUUGCCAGUUCUCCCGAAUCGGAAAAAGAGGAGAAAGAAAUACCACUUCCACCUGAGCCGCAGCCGCAGCCACAGCUGCAGCAGUUGCAGCAGCAAGUCCCAGAAAUUGAACCUGAACCUAUUGAGGAAUUUGAAAAUGUGUGUGAAGUCCAGCCACGUGAGUUUGUCAAUACACAUUUCCUGGCAGCAGCAACCAAGACAGACUUCAUCCCCAAACAGACGGAAGAGAUUCCUUCAUGGAAUUCCGAGCCUGUUGAGCAGCGGCCCAUGCCUGUGACGGAACCCUCACCGGUCGUAGUAGAGGUCCAGGUGGUCCCCCCCGCUCCAGCUCCUGCCCCUCAGGACCCAGUGCUCCGCCAGCAGCACGUCCAGGACCUUAUGGCUCGCAUUCAGGGAACCUUUGAUUUCAUGCAGGAUUCCCUGCUGGAUUACGAGCCUCCUGUGGACCCUGCAAUUGUGGCGGCUCAACCCAUGGCUCCUGUGGAGCUGCUGGAGGGGUCUACCAUGGCAUCUGCAGUCGAUAACAGAGUGAAUCAGUCUGAUAUUCCCCAACAGUCUUCUAAUCAAAUGCCCCUCCUAUCCGCAGCACAACUCCUUCCUGCCCCCUCUUCCCUUCUGCAGUCUAACCCUGUCCCUAGCUUAGCUGUGCUGGCCACAGAUGCUGGUGCCACUGAGCAGCUGGGACAGAUUCCCAUGGUUUGUACAGCGGUGAGUGAAGCGUACAUUCCCGCACAACCGCUCUACCAGAGUGCACCACACAUCCCCGACGCCCUGCCUCAGCAGCCCACCAUCGACCCUACACAGUGCUUGCCUCUCGCUUCCGAGCAGAUCCCAGUGGUGGGAAAGCCGUUGAGCAGUGGUGGAAUUAACGUCAAUGCUGCACCCUUCCAAUCGAUGCAGACGGUUUUUAAUGUGAACGCCCCACUGCCGCCUGAGACGGAAGUGAUCAAGCAGCAGCUGCCACCGUCGCAGCCCCCAUACAGCACCGCCAGCUACAGCACGCAGCCCCAGACCCACCCGCUGUCCCAGCCAGGAGCCUUGGCACAGCUGACAUUGGAGACAGAUGCCUUCCAAACUGUGGUGAGUAGCAGCUACCAGGCGCCCCAGGAGACCCUCUCGACGUCGGCCGGCCAGCCCCAGGGAGGCGUGGGUGGGGGGGGCGGCUUCUCCAGGCAGGCACAGACCUUCUACAACAGCCGAGGGAUGCCCAGGGGCACCGCGCGGGGCAUGCGCAGCACCACCAACGGGUACCGAUCGUCCAACAACUAUCGGGGCGCCCGCGGAGGCCCCUUCAACGGUGCCAAUUACGAAGGAUUCCACGUUGGCUAUCCAGGAUCGGCAAACAAUUACGGACAAAACUCCUUCGCCCCUCGCAACUACAGCAUGGGCUUCCACCAGCAGGAGGGAGGCUACCAGACGGGCUACAAGCGUGGCGGCACGGGACCAGCAGGGCCUCGUGGUGCGCCCAGGGGCGGAGCUCUGGUGGAGGACUUUCUAAUCCCUUGCCAGCAUGACCUUUGUCUUGGUUGAAAAGAAAAAGGCCGUGGCACUUCUCCUCUCAUGAAGCCGCGCUUUAAGAGUCCCAUGACCAGCUCGAUGACAGCUCAGUCCGUCGAGUAGAUGCUCAUCCCAUGCAACUCCCACUCUGUGUGACCCAGCUUGCCCGGACCCUCUCCCCUUCCUCCCCCCCCCCCCCCCCCCCCCAGGUUUAGAGCCCACUUAGGUUUUUAUUUCCAUGCCAUCGCUCGGUUUCUGUAACGCGGAAAAGUAGAAACCUCCUUAGGUAACCAUUAUAACAACUAAGUGUUUGUUACUCUUUAAGGCAAGAAGCAAGGACCUUUUUUCUUCGAACGCUUGAUGAGAAAAAGAAUAUGAACGAGCAGGACUGCUUAUUAUGGAUCAGCCACUCCUAGUUUUAACUAAAGCAAAGUGACGAACAUUGAAGUUGAUAAGGAAACCACUGUUUAAAAAAAAUACAUAUAAAAAACGAAUAAAAAAUGAAAAAUCUCAAAAAAAAUUGCAAGGUUUAAAGUGAACGCAUUUUAUGGUCUUGAAAAAUAGUCUUCCCUAGCUUUGUUCUCACCCCCUUCUAACAUUUUAAAUAUCUGAGCACAGCUUGUGCAUGAUGUCCAGAAGCGGGCCACCCUUUGUAACGCACUAUUCUCCACAGUAACUAUUCCCCACUGUUGCGCUGUUUAUUCACCAUUAAAAGUUCACUGAAACGUAAA